GUUCGUAGCCCUCAUCUCAUCAUCGCGAUUAUUUCGGUUUGGUUGGUUUUUGCUGCCGCUGUUCUUAUUGCCAUGGCCGUCUGAAUCUCUGAAAUUCAAACAUUCAAACGUGUGCGCGCCUGUUUCAUCGCAUCUCGCAUCAUGUUUGCUGCCAUAGCGCCGCGGCCAAGAUAUUCGUUCGGUGUGUGUUUUUAGUUGACUGUGAACAGGCAGCUGAACUUGACGUUUACAUACGUCGGAUGCAAUUAGAGCGGCUAACGAACAGAACUAUUGACCAAAAACACUGAAUAACGGUUAAACGAGAGUAUAUUUUUGAGCGCGUUCGAACGAUUACGCGCAUCUACGAUAUAGCGGCUGGAUUUUGUUGUUUGCGGUUCGUGUGUGUGUUGCAAAACUCAAAGAAAUUGCGCGCGCGUUCUACGCAACGAACCGAAAAUAAUUAAAACACUUACGAAAUAAAUUAUUGGAAUUAAUAAAAUUUUUGGAAAUAAAAAUAAUGAAAUUGAAAGGAAAAUAAUUUGGGAUACCUAUACGAAAAUAAAACGAAUUCUACAAUUUUCUAUUGCUAUUAAAAUCAUAAAACUUAUUGAAAUUUAAACAAUAAUACAAAAAAGAUAACAACAUAAAAUAAUGACAAAAAGUGAAGUGAAGUUGUAAUAUUAAGUGGCAAAUUUUUAAAAUAAUCCCUUAUUAAAUAAGACGAAAGAUCAAUCGAGAAUCAAACCAACUCAAACCUAAAGCGAAAAACGAACUCCCCCAUCAAAAUUCCAAAUAAAAUAUUUAUCACAAUGCAAAGACUCUCAAGCCUGCUGACAACAGCCCUAUGGCUGGUGAUUUUCUGCCAUGAAAAUUCAGCCAUACCCAAUGAUAUAUAUUUGAAAAUGUUUUCUGCUCAGGCGCCAACAGAUCCUUGCUACGACGAAGACAAGGCCCGCAAAUGUAUACCGGAUUUUGUGAAUGCAGCAUAUGGUGCUCCAGUCGAAGCCUCGAGCACUUGUGGCAUGGAAAAUCCACAACGUUAUUGUGAAAAGAACGGCAAUGGUGACCAGGAUGUCACCUGUAAUAUUUGUGACAAUUCCAAUCCGCAGAGAAGAUUUUCCGCCACGGCAUUGACCGAUUUGAAUAAUACCAACAAUGUGACGUGCUGGCGCUCGGAACCUAUUGCGCCGGUAAAUAAUCCAAAUGCUCCACCGGAUAAUGUUACGCUAACCCUGUCGCUGGGCAAGAAAUACGAGUUGACUUAUGUUAGUUUGCAAUUCUGCCCCAAGGCUCCGAAACCCGAUUCCAUUGCCAUAUAUAAGAGUUCGGAUUAUGGCAAAACCUGGCAACCGUUUCAAUUCUAUAGCUCACAGUGCCGAAGGGUGUAUGGACGCUUGAAUAGGGCCACCAUAACCAAACACAAUGAACAGGAGGCAAGAUGCACAGAUUCACAUCGCCAUACCAGUGAUGUUAUGAACGGGCUGCAAGGCUCACGAAUUGCCUUUAGCACCCUGGAUGGCAGGCCAUCGGCAAGAGAUUUGGACUCCUCGCCCGUCUUGCAAGAUUGGGUAACGGCCACAGAUAUUAAAGUUAUUUUCCAUCGUCUACAGAUGCCUGAUGGUAGCAACGGAUUGAUAACCCUUAAUAAUCCGGUGGAAAAAUCUUCAUCCGAUGCCAAGGCGGGAAAAUAUAGUGAACCCAGUUCGUUGGGCUUGGAUCAGACAAACUCCAUAAUUGGUGGGUCUUCAGCGGCGCUGGCCUCUUCAUCCGGUCUGCAUUAUGCCGUCUCCGAUUUUGCCGUUGGUGGACGCUGUAAAUGCAAUGGUCAUGCCUCCAAGUGCAUAACCGAUAACAAGGGCCAACUGACCUGUGAAUGUAAACACAAUACCGAGGGUCGUGAUUGUGAACGCUGCAAACAAUUCUAUUAUGAUCGUCCCUGGGGUCGUGCCACGGCACGUGAUGCCAAUGAAUGUAAAAUUUGCAAUUGCAACAAUCAUGCCCGCCAAUGUCGCUUCAAUAUGGAACUUUUCAAAUUGUCCGGACGUGUGUCGGGUGGUGUGUGCACCAAUUGUCGACACUCGACAACGGGUCGCCACUGUCAUUAUUGCAAAGAGGGUUUCUAUCGGGAUCCCAGCAAACCAUUGAAUCAUCGACGAGUGUGUAAAGCCUGUGACUGCCAUCCUGUCGGUUCGACUGGUAAAACUUGUAAUCACACCUCAGGUCAAUGUCCCUGUAAGGAUGGUGUAACUGGUCUCACAUGUAAUCGCUGUGCUCGUGGUUAUCAACAAAGUCGAUCACACAUUGCCCCCUGUAUAAAAACUCCCGUACGCAACACCAACAUGCUGGAUACACAAAAUACCGCUCCUGAGCCACAUGACUCCGCAUCACCUUACCGCACGGAAGGUGGGAGGGAAUGCGAAAAAUGCAAGAUAAGCACAAAAAGGUUAAACCUCAACAAAUUCUGCAAAAGAGAUUACGCAAUAAUGGCCAAAGUGAUUGGUCGGGAACAGAGUACAGAGGUGACGAGCAGCGAACAGCAGUACAGCACCAAAGAAAAUCAAAGAAUGAACGACGCCGACAGCGUGGAAAUGGGCCGCGUGCGGAACGACGACGAGGCGGAGGAGGAGGACAGCAACGUGAAGUUCAUCAUUCAAAUUCAGGCCAUUUUCAAGAGAACACCGCUCGAGUACGCAACUACGAAUACAAUACUAAGACGCGGUCCUAUGACCUGGAUCAUUCCGAUGAAGAAUUUGGAGUGUAGAUGUCCCAAAAUUAAAAUGAAUAAAUCCUAUUUAAUUUUGGGCCGCGAUACAGAAGCCCCGCCCGGCUAUUUGGGUAUUGGUCCACGUUCAAUUGUUAUCGAAUGGAAGGAUGAAUGGUAUCGGCGCAUGAAACGUUUCCAGCGCAGAGCGCGUACAUGCGAAUAAAAUAGUUUUUUUUUUCAUUCAGUUUUAAAUUUUAAUUUAUAAAUAUAUUUUUAUUUCUUUUUUAUAUAUAUUUAAUAAUAAUUAUAAUAAUAUUA